GUUGGGUGGGAGAGGCUGAGGGCGAGAGGAGCAGCGAGAAGAUGCAGUCCGCUCCGAUUUAACGGCUCAACCGGCCGCCUUUACGCGGGGCGCAGGGGCACCGCGGUCUAUGUGCGUAAUCCGCUUGCCGGGAGGAGCAGGGAAAGCCCUUGGCGGACUGGGGGGUAGAGAGGGAGGGGUGAGGUUUUGAGUCGGACGGGGGGGACGCAGGGAGUUGACUGGACUGCUUGGUAUCUGGUAUCUGGAGCUUGGUUGAGCGGACGGACACACACUCUCUGCGUCAUUGAACCUGGUUGGAUUCCACUUCACACCAUGAAUGGACCGACAAAUGUUCAGUACCAGUCAGGCCUUUAUGGAGGAACCAACAACAACAGCAGCUCUCCUCUCUCCAGCCGGGGCAAUUCACCCAUUGUGUGUGAGCGCUGUGGGGAGGUGUGUCGUGGGGAGGUUGUGCGCGUCAAAAACACACACUUCCACGUUCUCUGCUUUACCUGCCAAGUUUGUGGCUGUGAUCUGGUGCGCUCGGGCUUCUUUCACCACUCUGGCGAGUACAUCUGUACAGAGGACUACCAGCGGCUCUACGGGACCCAGUGCGACAGCUGUGACCAGUACAUCACUGGGGAGGUGGUGUCUGCACUGGGGAGAACAUACCACCCACACUGCUUUGUCUGCAGCAUCUGCAGGAGUGCGUUCCCAAUUGGAGACAAAGUGACCUUCUGUGGAAAGAAGUGUGUGUGUCAGCGAUGCUCACACACUCUGAGAAACGACAAGCCCGUCAAGGUCCAUGGACCAAGCUACUGUGCAGGCUGCGGCAAGGAGAUCAAACAGGGACAGUCUCUGCUGGCUCUGGAGAGACAGUGGCACGUCACGUGCUUCCGAUGCCGUACGUGCGGCUGUGCGCUCACUGGAGAGUACAUCAGCAAGGAUGGCACACCGUACUGUGAGACUGACUACCACACUCAGUUCGGUAUCCGCUGUGACAGCUGUAACAGGUUCAUCAGCGGCAGAGUGCUGGAGGCUGGAGGGAAGCGAUACCACCCCAGCUGUGCCAGGUGUGCCCGCUGUCACAUGAUGUUCCUGGAAGGAGAGGAGAUGUACCUUACAGGUUCAGAAGUUUGGCACCCUGUGUGUAAAGAAGCCGCUCGGCUGGAGAGAAAACUGAGGCUGAGACACACUUCUGACACGGCGUCCAUUACUCCCCCCGGCUCCUCUCCUCUGCUCGGCUCCCCUCGCCGGCUCAUCUGUUCUAAAGCUGAUGUUUCGGACUAUAAGCAGCUUGCAGCUCUGCCCAGGGUCAAACGCAUACAUGACGUCCAGAGGCCGGACAUCAUCCCUUAUCAGGCCGACCACGCGCACACACACCUCUCAGAUGACACUCUGGAGCAAUACAGCUGCGUACAGUCAUUGGGCUCCUCUUCGCCAUACUCUCAUGAUCUCUUGGAUGGUUUGGAGGUGAGAACGAGGCGUUCCUCCAGCUCCGCUCAUACUGAUUCCCCUGCACACAGUCGCCACGGAGGCUCCCCGCUGCCUUGUUAUCUCCCCGGCAGUGAGAGUGACAGGAGUUCACCCUAUUACAGUCAGCCCGAGCCCAGGUGCACCACACCCACCACUACCUCCUUCCAAGCCCCCAAGCAUUUCCAUGUACCAGCUUCUGAGGAAACCAACAUCUACCGGAAACCCCCCAUCUAUAAGAGAAGAGAAAUAUCUGCCUCUCCAACAGCCAAUAAGAGUAAAACCAAUGAGAACCUCCUCAAUUCCAGCGGCCAUUCCACCUCCAACUACAACAGCAUUUAUCACCCAGACUCCAACUAUUACCCAUAUGCCGGCUCUCCAAAAGUCUCCAGGGUGAGGAGGUUUUCGUCCGGAGGAGACGAGGAUGGAUGGAAUCACAAUGCAAACAAGGGAAUUGGCAGGAUGAUCCUGAAGGAGGAGAUGAAAGCGCGCUCAGCUGGUCACGACAAUGACCAGUGGGGGAGCAGGCGCAGUUCCCGCUGUUGCAGCAGGGAGGCGCUGAACAAUGUGGAAUACGGCUCCCUCAAUGGCUCUCCCGGGUCCGUCCACAGCGCAGACAGCGACUCAUACAUCUCUAAAUCAUCGUCGCUGCCAGGCUACCGCAGGAAUGGACUAAACAGACCUGUGAGCGCUGGUGCAGAUUAUUACCAGUAUGACAGCAGUAAUGCAGUUAACUGGCAGAUCAGAGAAUACAAGAUCUACCCAUAUGAUGUCCUAAUAGUGUCCGUCAGAGGGCAGCAGCGUCUGCCGAGUGAUGUGGACAGAGCCAGACUCGAGCGUCACCUCUCACCAGAGGAGUUUCACCGAGUCUUUGGAAUGUCCAUGUCUGCCUUCGAUCACCUCGCUCAGUGGAAGAAGAACGAACUGAAGAAACAGGCCCGACUCUUUUGAAGCCACCAGAACCGACACAAUGCAGGUUCAACAGUGUGCCACAAAAAAACAAAAGAAACAAAGAGGCCCGUUGACCCCAAAGCGACCGUCACAGGGGAAGAUGAACUUUCCUCCUCUGAUGGGACAGGAGCAGAACUGCUGGGCCCCUCGGGUAACCAACUAGCCUGAAUGGUAACGAUACUGCAGCGAAAGGAAGGAGAACUUUGACUUGAGACGCAACCGUUGAGCCACAGUGGAGCUCCACCAAAGCUAAAGAGUGGAAGGAGUUGUUCUGCCUCUCACUCUCUUACCAGCAGAUGGCAGCAUGAAAACCAGAGCAAAGGGGUGUCCGACGCAUGGCCAGGUGGACCAUAAGCCGAUGUACUUGAUGUCGCGCCGAGAGUCCGCCAUGCUGCUCCAAGCGGGCAUCCAUGAUGAAAAUAAUGGAGGCCGCGAAGAGAAUGGGCCGCCUGAAUGAGUAAAAUGAUUCUGCUCUAUUCACACAGACACUACGAUCAGCCGCUCAUAAGCUGAGGACAUUGGGGUAAUUGAACGUGACCUGCACAGUGUUUGUCCAUAUGUAUAAUGUGCACAUGAUGAAACCAAUAGGUUUUAUUCUUUUUUAAAUACUGGCACGACUGUCAGUAUUUCUGAAGCCAUAUGAGUUUUUAGAGUUCUUCUCAAGGACAGGAGCAGACUGUACAGUUCACUUAGUGGGGUUUAUUGUGAAUUAACCAUGUAAUAGAAAUCAGGUUUUAUUACACACCAUGAAGAAUAUAUCACAAACAAAUAUCCAGACCCUCUGAAUAUUGAGAAAAUAAGAUGCUCAGGUGAAGGAAGCAACGGAAGAGAUGAAGGAAAGAAGGAUACAGGGAACAGGAGGUACUAACGAUGGAAGGAAUGUGUGAGGAGACAAACAAAGAAAGAUGCCAAGGACAAAAAGUUCAGGGAGUUUAAUAAAGAGUUAAUGAAUGUCACAAAAAAUGUAGAAACAGAAUUUGUGUUUGUGUGCGCGUGUGCGUAUAUGUGUGUUUGUAGGUCUUCAACAACACACAUACAUAAAUGUGUUUGUUUUUUUAUUUGAGGGAGUAACAUUUAUAAUUUUCAAAUAUGUAUCUAACUAAAACUUGUGAAUAAAUGAUUCAACCAUCACCA